AUGUUAGCCCCUUCAUCUUCCGUAGCCCCACAAGUUCUUUCGCACAUUUGUCUCGGGAGAACCAAACCUAAUCCAAACCCAUGGACAUUAACUAGGGAUGUUGAUGUUCGGGAUAAUGCAGCACGAUCAGAGUAUCAUCCUUCAAUCUUGAUGCACCUCGCACUGUCAGAUUUUAUCGCCGGGUUCGUAUUCACAUCCGCCGCCGCAACAAGCGAAAUCUCACGCGAAGCACAAAAAAAACAUUUGCAGAGAUGUGAAGCCAAACCUUGGACACCCCAGGAUUAUUUUCAAAUCCACUUACCGAACUAUAACUCAUUUAGGCCAUAUCCUCAUCUCCGCCCAUGGCUGACAGUCCUAGCUACCAUUCGUCAGAAGAUCAUCAAGGAUACUGUCUAG